AUGCCCGUUGACCAAACCAGGGUGGCCGCCCCUUCUUCUUUCUGGCUUUCGGGGCUACUUAGGAAUCUGCGACUCUCCGGCCUGGCUUCUGUCCUGCAGCCAAUCUUCCACCAUGGCACGUACCAGGAGGAUAGCUGCGCCGGUCAGUGCAGGGUCGGGUGGUUCAACAGGGAGUGGACAAAUUUCAUCAGCACGGGGAGAGGUUUCUUUGUGAUGUACGAUGUCCAGCAGAGGUUGCAGAGUGGCCAGGUUCUUGAAGACGCGCUGAUGCGUGGGUAUGACCCAAGUGGGAUGACCUGGGAUAGCUUCGUAGGGGACUUUGGUCAGAUGCUGGAUGCAAUCCGUGCAUACCAGACAGUCGGGACUCAGACUUCCACCACCAUGGGCACGACCACCUCAGCAACGGCCGUGGUUUUGACUUGUGGCAGCUCAGUGGCUGACUCCACCGUGGGCCGGACCAGCAGUCUGGGCCACGAGUCCGGUGAUGCAAAGCACAUCUUCUGUGCGCCUGAGGGCAUUGGUGAAGUCUUCUUCAGCACAUGUGGCUCCUCCUUUGACACUUCCCUCUAUGUCAUGGGUCAGGACCUCUGGCGAUCCUGCGAUCAGUGUGGAUCAUGCUGGCCCAUGGCGGAGCUCAAAGUAGCCGGCCUCUCACCGGGGUGGUGCUACGAUGUUGUCGUUGACGGCCAUGGAACAGCUGAGGGGGCGUUCCAGCUUUCUGUUUCCUGUUGCGUCGACGUGGGCCAGUGUGGUGGUCGUGGCAUCGUGAGGCACAGGUCUGGGGCUUCACGAGAUGGUGCAUGUCGCUGCGAUUGCUUCUGGCCUUUUACUGGCCCGAACUGCGAGGCAUGUCGCGCUGAGUUGAUGUCAGUGUUCCGGAAUGGCACGUGUGAGCCUUGUCUUGCUUUUGCAGAUACAGAGGUGCUUGCAUUGCACAGCACAAACGUGACGUGGUCUCCGAACUUCAUUGAUGCAAGCUGUCACCGUGCCAUCCGCAUUGGCCAUUUCGUGCAUCGAGCUGCGCACAGCGGAUUUCUGAGGACUGUAGCAGAUGCAGGCGAUGCUGGGCUUGCUUUUGGGCUCGGCAGCUGCGCAUCCUCCACGCUGAGCUCACUGACAGUACACAUCACAGCCAACGGUCGGCUCCAAGGUUCGGUGCAUUGCGCUCCCCAGAUCAUGUGUCCAGAGCUUGUGCUUUCAGGGAACAGGACAAUGCCAAGUGUGUCCAUAGAGAUGCUGCAGUGGGACAGAGCAGCUGCCACCACCGCGCUCUCCUUGGUGGACCUACUCAUGAGCUUAUUCCCUUCAGGGCACAUCCCCAUCCGCCUGGUCCCCUGGAACGGCGAAAAUGCCACACUGAACGCCACCUCCCCAGCCCAGGCGCUGGCCUUUUUCAACCGUUGGUUGGGCUCAGCCUCACUGGGGGCACGGCCCUGCUCUACUCUUGGGUCGGUGUUGCAGCCGCAGAUGGAGGCGGACGGGCUGCUUGUGUUGGUGGGGCUGUGCGAGGGUGGGCUCGGGGAAGCCGCGGAGAUGCUCUCGGAGCUCCCCGGGAAGAUUCUCCACCUGGGCGGGGAAGAGUCAGGUCGCUCGGAAUUCUCCAUUUCGGUUGGCUGGCAGCAGGGGCUGGCAGGCUUCUCUGAAGAGCUCUGCGGCUUUCUCGUGUCUUGGCUGGAGAGGCCUGAGUGCUUUGGCCAGGUGAACUUCUUUCCCAAAGCAGUGCCCGAGAGGACGCGUCGGUUCCUCACUUUCAAAGGUUUUUGCCUUGGUGAGACCCUGCCAUCCUGCUGCUUUGCUGGCCAGUGCUCCAACUCUGUAUACAGGGGCUCUGACGGUCACCUGAGAUGCGCCACUCCCCUCUUGAAGAGCGGGCUCUACUCUGUGAGCCUCUGGUCGAAGACUGAAAACACAACAAUGACGUUCGAGAGCAAGCUAGAUGUAGGCGUGCGCCGGUUCCGGACGCGCGACUCUUAUCUCGCGCUUAGCUGGAUAUUUACACAAAAUCACACUUAUAUUCGGACAAAUAAUCCUGUAAAUUCAGGACACGAGGGUGGUUUGUGUUGUGGCCACAUCGCCCUUAGCCGCGACUUCAACGUGAUCGGCGCCGCAAGCCCCAACAAGUGUUGGCGGAACUGGUAUCGGCACUACGGGCGCACCUUGUUGCCAGGUCCUCCAAUCAUUUUGGAGGAGAAUCCGUUUCAUGAGGCUAUGGUCUUUCUGGCUCUUCGUUGCUACAUGGUGCUUGACCUAGCCGAUGGCGACAGCUCCAGCAUCCCAGAAGAGUCGUCCUGGACACAGCCCGCAGUGCUCCCCCCCGAGUCUCCAGUGGCAGCAUCCUGGGAUUGGCUUCAGAAGGUGCGUACCUUGCUCGACUAUGCGAGCAACGCUGCAAGAGAUGGAACAAUGUCCGCUUUGGCGGUCGUUCGCUGGGCCUUGCACGCUGCUGGAAUCCAGACGCCGGGUUUUGGGGACGAGAAACUUUGUACAUCAUCCGACCGGCUCCGCAACGACCGCUGCUUCUAUGCGUGGAGCGCAGCGGCCAAAGAUGCUGGUAAGUACUUGAUCCUCGCCGGCUUCCAAGAGAUUGCCUCUGAUUGGCAGCUGACCGGUGCUAGGCUCGGGGACAUCCUGGUCCUGCCUGACUUCAAUGCGACAUGUCUUCUACACCAGACGAUGAAGACCUAUUCAUUCGAGCACGGCUUCAUUGCCAUCCGGGGCUCGGAGGAAGAUCAUCCAUGGGUGGCGGAUAAAUUGUACAGCCUUCGUCUGCUGCAGCACAUGGUCGCUGUGGAGACUGAUGGCCGGCCACACCUCUACAGACUGCGGGAAGGAGUGGAUUUGCUGGCGGGGGUCCGAGAGAUGGUCAGCCCACGCACUUUGUUGAAUCGCGUGCUGGCGCACAGAGGAGCGAAGUCACAGGCCUUGGCGACUUGGUACGAUGUGGGCGCCAACGAGGACUUAGAGAUGGUUCGCAGAGAUCUUGAAGAGCGGCAGCCCUGCCCAAGGUCAUCCAUGGGUGUGCAGCCAAACGGGCUAAGACUAAUUGGACGGCUCGGUCAGGAGCGGCGAGGUUUGCCACCUCAUGCAGAUUGCAGAGAGAGCGACAUGCGGUUUCCUCAUUUCGUGCGGUGUUGCUAUGACCGUGUGUCUCGGCGCUACAUCCCAGACUGGCCAUCCAGCAUGCAACGGCUAGCGCGAGCUGCUCGAGGUGGCACAGAUGAAUGGCUAGACGUGCAGGAGGAAGAUGCCCAACAGUUGUGGCGGGCCCUCAUGUCACCGGAGGAAGUCCCAACAACCACCACCACCACCACCACCGCUGCUGUAGCCGUCGAAGUGGUGUUCAAGGGCAUCUCCUUCGCGGCUUCUGACCGUGCGGGUGUGGUUGUCGUGGCCUGGCCUCCUGCCGUGGUAAACAGUCCAGGUGAGAACUCAAGGGGCCAAAGUGACCCAUCGGUUCAGUAUGCCUUGCUCUAUGCUGACGGUGAACAGAAUUUCACAGGGCUCGACACGGAAGCCUCCUUGUGGAACUAUGCCAGUGGGGUCCUUCUGCACAGUGGGGGUGUGCUCAACACAAGUUUGGAGGCCGAACCGAACUCGACGCUCUCCCUAUUGGUUCUGGCCCUGGCAUCAGGCCAAAUGUCCAAGAACCGCCAAGCCACCCACGUAGUGGUGGCCGCAGAAGAUCCUGUUCUGGCAGACAACAUCGCAGCCCUGGUGGAAGUGAGCCAUAGCGCCACCUUGGAGGUAUCUUUCCGCAACAGCUCCCAUGACCCUGCGGGCCGCAUUGUGACCCUCACAGCCUGGGCUGGCCGGCUUCCUACGCUGGAGGUCGGGGCCUGUGUGAGCGGGACGAGCAGCGAGGAGGAUGUUUUCUUGGUCGUGGUCGAAGAUCUGGAGUACUUGUCCGAGUCCUCGGUGUUGCUUUGGGCUCAUGCGGUGAGCGUCUUCGAAGUCUUCCAGCGCAUGCAUGUGGAUGCCAGCCUUCAACUAGGCCCCGACGAGACCACCAACCGCACCAAUGAUACAGCCAACGAGGGCAUGGAAGCCGCCGCACGGCGACUAUCGGAAUCCAGCUUGUCGCUAUCCCUUCCUUCGCUCAGCGGAAGCUUCGACAACUUGGCGUCCUGCACCGUGUUGCCGACAUUGAAUACAAGGCUUAAGUUCGACAUAGACUCUGUCUUCUCAGUUCACCUGAGCUUCAAUGUCGAAGUGGUGGUUUCCGCGUCUUGCGAGCUACAUGUAUUACCGGAUACUGAGAAGCAGUGGCUGAACCUUGAGCUGGAUGUGCUCGCGAGGAUGCUGGGGAAGAGCAAAGCAGCCUUUAAGCUGCUAUCACGACUUGGGCCUGGAUUAUUGUUGGAGCUGAUUCCAGAUCACUUGAUCCUGUUCCUUGAGGGCACGAUUUCCUCAAAGGGCUUCGGGGCAAUUGUGAACUUCGAGUACCGAAGGUCAUUUGGCUUCGAGCUUCGCGGUGGGGAGUGGCAGUCGGUCAUGUCAGAGCCGACAAAGUCUGCGACGUGGGAGCCCACGCAACUCUGGACAGGUAGCUUGUCACUCGCUGCAGGUGCUCGCAUGGGAUACGAGUUGGGCAUCCCUGGCGCCUUUGGCUGGGCGCUGAACUUUGAGACACAGCUUCUGCAUUUCGAAGCACAAGCUGAAACUCUUCCACCCCAGCUUCUGACACUCACCUCGGGAGCAGAGCACGCGCUGCAUUUCACGAAAUUUGAACUAAGUAUCAAGCCACUUGUCAUCGUCAUUCGAUUCGUGUGUGAGCUGGAGGAUUUCUGGGGCAGCCGGUUCUGUGACUGGGGUGGCGGGUCGCGCGAGAUUUACCGAUUUGUUCCUUGGCCCAUCCCUCUUUUUACCCUUCCGACCCUUGACAUUGAAACCGUAAAGGGUCCGGCAUGCAGUGUGACGGUGGAAGAGAAUCAGACGGGGAGGAUCGGGCCAUUACUGCCCUCGCAUUCAUCCACAUCCAGAUGGAUCGUGGAUUCCAUGUCGGUGGGGCUCCGAUCCAACGCCGGAGCGGUAGCCACGCUUUAUCCCAAGAGGCGUGGUGCGGAUGGUGGUUUCUCAUACAGCCUCCCCAACUUGCACAGCGAGAGGAUCUACUACUACCGCUUUUCAAGGGCAUUUCCCCCGCUUGCCAUGAUCGUCUCGAAGACCUUUAACCAGCUGGCCUUCUCAGCCAGCUGUGUCAUGUUCUCUGAUGAGGCCCCGCUACCGGUGCCGCCAAGUGUGAACAACCCAUUCGGUCCAGGCACGGACUGGACACCGUUUCGGCCACGUGCCAGGGGACGAGGCGAUCCUCACUGCACCACAUUUGACAGCCUAGACUUCGAAUGCAACUUCCUGGGCGAAGCCAUCUGGACCAGAUGUGGGGAUUUCUCAUUGCAUGUGAUUGCAGAUCAGCUAGGCAAUCAUGCGCGCGGAACUGUCAUCACAGGCUUCGCAAUCCGAUUGGGCCAGGAUGUUGCUUACGGCCUUUUGCGCGAAAAUGUGAGCGCUAAUGAAUCCGCUCUUUACUUCUACAUGAACGGAGACCUCGUGGAAGACCUUGAAGAUUCCGAUGAAGAGAGCAUCGUCAUCCAGCCGGGCCUGAACAACACUUUCAUGAUUGCAGCGGGGGGGAACGAAGUCAUGGUCAUCCCUCACGCUGCUCACCUCUUUCUUGAAGUCGCUGUUAAAGAUGAGUGUUUCAACAUGACCGAUGGGCUCAUGGGCAACAACAAUGGCGAAGCAUCAGAUGACCUGCGCAUCUUCAACUCUGCUGACAUCCUAGCAGGCAACUCUUCUUUGGAAGAAAUUUAUGAGAAGUUUGUGCUUUCAUGGUGCAUCACUGAUGCAGCAGAGUCCCUUUUUCUUCCUGAGCACUUCCAUGCUUGCGACCGCUCGUACUGGCCUUUGUUCUCUUCGGAAAUCGAGUCCUGCCCGGCAGCGUGCGAAGGUGACCGCAGCUGCUGCUUCGAUUGGGAGGUUGCCGGACCCGAAGUGGCACAGGCCUCACUGGAGGAUGCAGCGCGGAGCCAAGAGGCAGACAAGCAAGUCCUUCCAUUUGGUAGCAGCCCGCCAAGCUUGUCUUUUCCCAGUGAGACGCUCUUCACACUGGCUUCUUCACCUGUGCUGCAGCUGGAGAUUUUCGGGAUGGCAGGGCCAUCCACCACCAUCAAAAAUCUUGGAUGCUCCUUCUGUACAAACUUCUCCAGCGAAAUCGACAGCGAAAUCGAUGUGUCAUGCCAAGUGCAGGGUUUGGGAGAGCAGAAUGCCUCACUCGCUGUUGUGUCCACCAGCUUGCCAUUGGGGGAAUUCGAUUGUACGGCACUGGAUGCUGACGGCUUUGAGACAAUGGGUGUCGGAAACAUCCUUGGUGCUAGGACGACUACUACGAGCAGCACUACAAGUAGCGCCACGAGCGCAACACACACUACAACCUCCAGCGGCACCACGAGCAUGACAAGCAGCACCUGGACUUCCAGUUCUUCGAGCACAGCGGUCACUCACACAACCUCUUCGAGCGAGAGUCGAACCACCUCACGAUCUUCUACCUCCUCAUCCACUGUAAGCACACGUUCUUGGACGUUGACCAAGAGCUCCACAGUCACCACAUCGAGAACUGCAAGCACCAGAACGUACGCGUCGAGCUCCACUUCCACGAAGAGCUACACAGCUAGCGCCAGCACAACAUCAGCAGUAAGCUCCGACACACAAACAUCUACUGGUACCCUGGCUUCCACGUCCACUGUCACAUCAACCAUCACAGCGACCAUCACAAUGACCGUCACAUCAACUGCCCCACCAACCGUCACGUCAACCAUCACACCAACCAUCACGUCCACCAUCACGUCCACAUCUACGAACGCAGAGAUGCCAACCUGCGAUGCCGGGAAACUCCUGUCAAGGACGACAUGGGAUCUCAAUGCCACAAACUGCUCGGGCGACAUCGUCGCUGGCUCCACGUGUUCUUUGGACUGGUGCCCGCCGCCAUUGAGACCCAUCGGUGCUUACAGGUGCAUGCCCUUGGCCGAAGAUGAUGGGAAUGCGAGUGCCGCCUCUGAGCUGGUGGGCUUCACCGCCUGUGUCCCUGAGGAUUUACCGCUCCAGUGGAUCCUGGUCCUCGCUCAUCGCUUUACCCUUUUGCUGGAGGGGCAAGGCAUCAUGUCCGACCUGGUUGGGGCGCUUGCGCAGGAGCUGGUCCUGAAGCACUAUGACGUUGGUCCCCGACAUCUCCUGCGCCUGGAGGUGGAGAGCGACUUCCCGCGGCGGCUCGACUCGCGAAGUGCUGGAAAUGGCAGCGAAGCCUGGGCAUCACUCGUUUCGUACGAACUUGCAGUGCCUGCCGGAAGAGCUGAUGCCUGGGUGCGGUCGGCGGGGUCUCUCAACUCUUCAGCCUCCGCCCUGUUACAGGACUCCGUGGCCAGUAUCGGCAUCACAGCAGUCGGGCUUAAAAGCGUCAGGCCACCGAUUAUCUAUGAGCAGCAGUCUCCCACGGACGAGGCCGGAAACCCAGUGCUGAAAGACUUUCUCGGCCAGACCUACGAGCAACCACCUGUGACAGCGAGCGAAGGCAACUCUAUGGCUCUGCUUUGGGCAGGCAUCCUGCCGGCCAUCGCUUUCCCACUGUGGUAG